AUGAUAUGGGAUACAGCAGGACAGGAGCGCUUCCAGUCUUUGGGUGUCGCCUUCUACCGUGGUGCUGACUGUUGUGUGUUGGCUUUUGAUGUGACUAGUGCGUCGUCAUUUAAGAGUUUAGAUUCGUGGCGAGACGAGUUCCUUAUUCAGGCUUGCCCACGUGAUCCAGAAAACUUUCCUUUUGUGCUUCUCGGAAACAAAGUGGAUUUAGAAGCGCAGCGAGCUGUGAGUUCGAAACGGGCACAGUCGUGGUGUCAGUCCAAGAAUAACAUUCCAUACUAUGAGGUGUCUGCAAAAGAAGCAGUGAAUGUAGAGGCUGCUUUCCAAGCAAUUGCGCGCGAUGCACUCGCGAGAGAGGCUCAGGAUUCUCAUGAUUUUCCGGAAUUUCCCGAUCAGAUUCGACUCAACGAGCAUCGAUCGUCGACGAGCGGCGGUUGCAACUGCUAA